UACGUGGCAGGGGGAGGAUACACAUGCUAUUUCCUUGCACAGGAAGGGCUGUGGUCCUCUCUCUUUAGCAGCUGAUGAUGCCACCCCUCCUCUCCAGUUACCUGUGAGACUAGCAGUAGAAGCCAGACCCGCUGUCACCUCUCUGUGAAAGCAAAAGCCCAAGGAUGACAGCAGACACUUUUCUGAUUCAGUGGUCUCCACAGCCUAUGUUUGCCUGCUCUCCAUUUCCAAUGACCCACAGGGCCCUGAGAAAGCCUGGAUGGGACAGGCCUCAGGGGCGUGCUGGAUUGCCUCUGAGAAGCUACAUUCAGUCCCUUGGCACAUGUGGAAUCAUCGCCAACAGGCAGAGAGGCUAUGUGGUGGUGCUGCCGGUACAGCUGACCUACCCUUCUACGGAGAGACUGUGCAUGGACCUGGGGGCUGUGAAGGAGCUCCUGAAGCUCAACAUCACCCUGGAGACGAAGGUCAAGACCUACCAGCUGCUGGAUGGGUUCACCUGGGAUAAGAGACAGUUCAAGUGCUUCAGCUUUCUGGUCCCACCUCCUGAAGGGGGCAUGAAGGAAGUUGUCCACAUCCAGAUGUUUGUGGAUGAGAAUAAGAUACAUGAGAAACAAGUCCUGAUCCAGAGCAUCAACAGUGGUACUUUUGUGCAGACAGACAAGCCCAUUUAUACUCCAGGCCAGCUGGUGAGGUUCCGCAUCGUCACUCUGAACAGCAGUUUCAUCCCGUUGAAUGAUGUGUACCCGCUGGUGGAGCUGAAGGAUCCCAACCAUAAUCGAAUUGGCCAGUGGCUUGAUGUGAGACCGGAUAGAGGCAUCACACAACUGUCCUUCCAGCUGGCUGCUGAGCUGCCCCUGGGGCGCUAUACCAUCAGUGUGCCCAGCAGGGGGACUUCCAGCACCUUCAUUGUGGAGGAGUAUGUGCUACCCAAGUUUGAAGUGAUGGUGACAGAGCCUGCCCAGGUCUUCACGUAUGACACAGCUUUUCCACUGAAGGUCUGUGGCAGGUACACAUAUGGGAAGCCUGUCCAGGGCACAAUCCGGGCCUCUGCAUGUCAGAAAACCAGCAUUUGGUACACUGACCACAUGUCAUCAACUCUCACAGACCUCUGCUGGAAGUACACAGCCCAGACCGAUCAAACUGGUUGCAUCUCAGCCUCCGUGAACAUGUCCUUCUUCAACCUGGUCAACUACAGGUUUCGCCACAGCAUAGAGGUGAAAGCCACACUGGUGGAAGCUGGAACAGGGCUGGAAGCAAACACCAUUCGUGUUGCACCUAUGUCUGAGCAAGCUGGUUCACUGAGUUUUGAGGAUUUAGACAGAUAUUAUCAUCCAGGACACCCCUACAGUGGGAAGAUUAAAGCGCUGGGCCGAGAUGGCUCCAUACUGAAGAACCAGGAGCUUAUCUUGGUUUCUGAGGCAGAGAACAAGCAGUCCAACCAAAACCUCAUUACUGAUAGCACUGGGGUGGCCACUUUCACUUUGGACACAGCUGUGUGGAAUGGAAGUGAUGUGUCUCUGGAGGGAAGGUUCAAGUUCCAGGAUCCAGGGUCCAAGUCCAGAAGCACCAUCCCAGACUACCAGAAUGCUUACUUCCGCCUGCAGCCUUAUUAUACCACCACCAAGAGCUAUCUGAAAAUCCAGCGUCAGUGGGAAGAGCUGCCCUGUGACCAGCCACAGGAGGUCCAGGUGGAAUACAAUGUGGACCCAACAGACCUGGGAGAAGAUGGCGAUGAAGCCACAGAAAUCCUCUUCUCUUUCUAUGUGGUGGGGAAUGGGCGACUCAUAAUGGAUGGUCAGAAACACAUUAACAUCAUGAAAGAUACCGCUUGGAAGGGCUUGUUUGCCAUCCCUCUCACCUUCACCUCCCAGUUGGCUCCCAACCCCUUCUUGGUGGUUUACAUCAUGUUCCCUAAUGGAGGCAUUGUUGCUGACAAAUUCCAGUUCAAGGUCGCCACAUGCUUCAAGAACCGGGUCACCCUGGAAUUCUCCCAGAAGCAGGACUUGCCAGGGGCAAUUGUGACUCUUCAGCUGGGGGCAGCGCCUAACUCACUGUGUGCUGUCCGUGCUGUGGACAAGAGCGUCUUGCUCCGUACUCCUGAGACUGAGCUGUCCAGCAGCAGUGUGUAUGGCAUGUUCUCGUUCCCAAAUGGAGGUUACCCCUAUGAAGUUGAUGAGGAUAUUGACUGCUAUAUACCAGGAGUGAGGCCAUUUCCUAUACCUGACCUAGAACCUGUGCCCCUGGACCGUCAAAGACAUUCCAUCUUACGGUUUGACCAGGGGGCUGACUUCUUCAGCUUUCUCAAGGACACAGGUUUGAAAAUUCUGUCCAAUGGCAAAAUAAAGAAACCUCUGGAUUGUUCAGUUAAUGGAAUACCCCAGGCUUUUCCUCUUCUGGGAGGAGAGGAAUUGGGAUCCAGUGACUCCCAAGUCCGGCAGUAUUUCCCUGAGACCUGGAUCUGGGACCUCUAUUUCAUCAACGAGGCAGAGGAGGCUCUGGUCCUGUUCAACAUCCCUGACACCAUCACAGAGUGGAAGGCCAGCAUGUUCUGCGUGUCAGAGAGCAGUGGCUUUGGGAUGUCACCUACAGUGGGGCUGGUUGCCUUCAAGCCAAUCUUCGUGGAUCUGGCCCUGCCUUACUCUGUGAUCCGUGGGGAGUCAUUUAUGCUGACAGCCACUGUCUUCAACUACCUGAAACACUGCAUGAGGAUUCAGGUGAUCCUGGACGAGACUGAGGAAUACGAGGUGGAGCCAUGCAAAGGCUGCAAAUACACUAGGUGCCUAUGCAUGGAUGAAGCAAAAACCUACUCUUGGAAUGUGAUAGCUACCAAACUGGGUGAGGUAAACUUCACCAUCACUGCAGAGGUGUUGGAUAGCAAAGAGCUGUGUGGCAGUGAAAAGGUGCUGGUGCCAAGCAAGGGCUGGAAGGAUACUUUGAUCAAACAUCUCCUUGUCCGGCCAGAGGGCAUCCUUGUGGAGAAGUCUCACAGCUCCUUGCUCUGCCCAGAAGGCAAUUCUACCUCAGACUCAGUGUCCCUGCAAGUACCUGAGAACGUGGUGCCAGAUUCAGCCAGAGCCCAAGUGUCUCUGCUCGGUGACAUCAUGGGCACAGUGCUGGAGAACCUGGACCAGCUGGUGCAGAUGCCCCAUGGCUGUGGAGAGCAGAACAUGGUGCUCUUUGCCCCCAUCGUCUAUGUGCUGCAGUACCUGGAGAAAACAGGGCAGCUGAGCAAAGAGCUGAAGGCAAGAGCUGUGGGUUUCUUGCAAACAGGGUACCAAAGGCAGCUUCAGUACAAACAUAAGGAUGGCUCCUACAGUGCCUUUGGAGAGAACCAUGGAGAAAGCAGCACAUGGCUGACGGCUUUUGUGGCCAAGUGCUUCAUCCAAGCCCAGCAGCACAUCUUCAUAGAUGACAAGAUCAUCCAGCAGGCUCUGCAGUGGAUGGCUGGGCACCAGCAGACCAGUGGCUGCUACUCCAGCAUGGGAAAGCUCUUCAACACAGCAAUGAAGGGUGGCGUAAAUGAUGACAUCUCACUCACUGCGUACAUCACAUCGGCACUGCUGGAGGCAGGGAAGCCACUCAGUGACCCAAUGGUGAAGAAUGGCUUGAAAUGCCUCAGGAAUGCUUCCUCCAUUGUCACUGGAAUCUACACUCAGGCGCUGCUGGCAUAUGUCUAUUCAUUGGCUGGAGAUGGGGCUAGGAGGGACUCUCUUCUUGCUAAGCUGGACCAGCAGGCCAUCAAGUCAGGAGCACAGAUACACUGGAGCUGGAAGCCUGCUCAACUUCCUGCUCAGGAUAGCUGGUCCCAGGUCAUGUCUGUGGAUGUGGAGCUGACAGCCUAUGUGUUGCUGGCUUUGCUCAUGAAGGAAAAUGUGACUAAGGAAGAGAUUGCAUUUGCCACUGGCAUUGUGACCUGGCUCACCAAGCAGCAGAACGCCUACGGGGGCUUUGCCUCCACCCAGGACACCAUCGUUGCCCUCCAGGCCCUUGCUAGAUAUGGUGUAGUGACAUUUAUCAGGUCGGGAGAUAUUACCAUGACUGUAAGAUCAGGCAACAGCUUCCAGCACUCCUUCCACGUGGAGACCGCCAACCGGCUGGUACUGCAGCAGCUACCUCUCCCCAACAUUCCUGGAGAAUACAGUCUGCGUGCCACUGGCACAGGCUGUGUGUACGUGCAGACAGUCCUGCGGUAUAACGUGCCUCCUGAGAAGGAUGGAGAGGCCUUCUUCCUGAGUGUGAAAGCAGCAGGAGACAGUUGUGAGACAGCCCCCCAUGUCCUGACCCUCAGCAUCAGUGUCAGCUAUGAGGGAAGACGGAGCACCUCCAACAUGGCCAUUAUUGAGGUGAAGAUGCUGUCUGGGUUCCACCCUGUCUGGGGCACUAACUCCUAUCUUCAGCAGCAGCCAUAUGUGCAGAGAGUGGAGUCUGAGGCUGAGCAUCUCAGCGUCUACCUGGAUCAGCUGGAUAAGGACACUCAGACGUAUUCCUUCACCAUCAGCCAAGAUGUUCCUGUCAGGGACCUGAAGCCAGCAGCAAUUAAAGUCUAUGAUUACUACCAGCCAGAUGAACAGUCGAUGGUGGAGUACACAGAUCCCUGCCAGCAAGGAGAAGUGAUGGACAGAGACAGACGGUCCUUGAUGUAAUUCACAAGGAAUUCCUGGUUCUGGUACUGAUCUGACCUUCAUGGCUGAGGACAAAGGGAGUCAUUCUCUCUGCUGCUCUCACAGACGGGGGGAGAGGGGGUUACAUCUUUCUAAUCUGUCUUGUCAGGAGAGGGAGGGGAUACAGGGGAAACAUUCAUUCAGUACUUUAGAGAAAGGAAGAAAGGAGCUGGCAGUCAGAAGGAGGGGGCCAUUUAGGGGAACAUGCACACCUUGGCAGUUCAGAGCCAAGUGACUCCCUCUAACAUCCUUCUAGGCAGAGGGGUGGGAGUUAUUAGCAGAGGAUGCACUUGCCAGGCAGAUCCAUGCCAGGUCAGUGAUGGGGAGGGCUGGGAGAAUUACACUCAGAGUUAGAGAGAGACAGAGGCCUCUCAUCACAGGCCUACUCUUGUUCAUGCGCUGUAUUUUGGUAUGAAAGAGGUGGUAAUAAAUUGUUAUUCUG